AUGUCGAAUAUCGUACUCGAUAAGGAUUUCUUCUACCGACGAAUAAAACGCCUCUACGCCAACUGGAAGGAACCAGAGUUUUCCCAUGAUUCGCUGCAGAUUGUGGAUUGCAUUCUGAUGGCGGUCGGUGUAGACGAGGAAACCAUCUACAGCAAAUCAACUUCGCUGAAGACUUGGCUGCUGGGAUACGAGCUGAUCGAUACGAUUACGGUGCUAUGCGAAAAGUCAAUCUUUUUCCUGACCAACAAGGAGAAGGUUGAUUUCCUGAAGCAGAUCGAGAAGGACGGUGAGGAGGGCAUUCCGUCGGUGAAGCUGUUGGUUCGGGAAAAGAACGACAAAGACAAGGCCAAUUUUGAAAAGCUGCUGGAGGCGAUUAAGGGAUCCAAGGAUGGCAAAACGUUGGGCGUCUUCUCCAAGAACAACUUCCCGGGUGAAUUCUAUGAAUCGUGGCGCCUUCAGCAAGGACAAGAGCUUCGACACGGUGGGCAUCAGCGUCCCAAUCGCGUACAUCAUGCCCUCCAAGGACGACUCCGAGGUUAUCACCAUCAGACGGUAGACGUAUUCAACAAGUACCUCAAGGAUCACAUCAUGGAGAUUAGGGAUGCUGGUAAGAAUGUGAAACAUGCCAAACUGUCGGAGGGUGUCGAGCAGGCACUGACGGACAAAAGAUACGUCUCCGAUGUGGAUACCAACUACUUGAAGUUCAGUGCAUUCAGCGACAAAAACUAUCUGCACUUUGGAUCUAUCAUCUGUGCUCUGGGUGCGCGUUACAAGUCCUACUACUCCAAUGUCGUCCGAACGUUGCACUACACCUUACUGCUCAAUCUGGAAGAGGAACUGCUGAAGGUGAUGAUUCCGGGCAAGAAGCUCUCGGAGGUUUUCGACGAAAAAGGAUCUCAUACUAAGACGUUCGGUUUUACCAUCGGGUUGGAGUUCCGGGAGAUUUCGAUCGUAGUACCUCAACAAGUGAAAUUCAGUUUAAAAAUUGCAUCCGUCAUCCGAAGUUCAGCAGAAGACCAGAUUAAUUUCCGGUUUAUUCCAGCGCGUUCGCCAAACUUCGGUGGACUGUGGGAAUCAGCAGUCAAAUCGUUCAAGCUGCUCUUCAAACGAACAAUUGGCGUGCACACUCUCCUGUACGACGAGAUGCAGACGAUCCUGACCCAGGUGGAAGCAGUGUUGAAUUCACGACCGCUCACACCUCUCAGUAACGACCCGGAUGAGUACGAAGCGUUGACUUCCGGUCAUUUCUUGAUUCAGCGGCCUCUUACGGCAAUACCGGAACCCGAUCUGGAUGGGAUUCCAGAAAAUCGUCUGUCAGCCUGGCAGAAAGCGCAGUGUUUCACGCAGCAACUGUGGAAGAAAUAG